AUGGACAGCCUCGAUUGUUUCCAUUGGUCUGUCUUCACCAUUUGCCCCCGUUGCUUCCAUCCGAACAACGCCUCGCCGGAGAUUUACGGCUCCCCCGAGCAAUCGGUGCUCACGGUUUGCAGCUUCUGCCUCCACAUGGAGAUGCUGCCGGCGUCCGAGGAAUCUUCCCGGGUGCCAAAGGAUGGUCUUCUUGCGUCCAUGGCCUUUUGGACAAAGUCGAUGCCGGCCAGGGGAGGACUCCUGCAGUACCUCCAAGACGACGCCGCCUUCUCGCCACCAGACUCCCUCGUCCCGCCCCAUGGGGAGUUGGACAUUAGGCUACAGACCAUGGAGAAAUGGCGCACCAUGUGGGAAGAACGUAAACGUUUGCCCAUAAAGCCAUUCUUCUACACGACCCUCCAGCUCGCGACUAGCCUGGUCAUGCCUCUCGACCGGCUCAACACUGUUCCCGAGGAUCUGGGCGUUUACUGCGGUCGUACAAUGAGCUCGUUUCUCCAUUUCAUGGUAAAUGGGUCGUGGCCAGGUCUCAGCAAGCAGGGAGACAAUCCUCCUCCGAGCCCAGUUGGACGCGAAAAGUGCCUUCGUAGAGACCGAAACUCUUGCGUCCUUACAGGAUGGCCGGAUCCCGACGUCUGCCACAUCAUGCCGUCAAACGAGAGCGACAUGAACCUGGAGCUGUUCCAAUUGUCGCUUCCUCUCCUGGGCGCCUUACUCGGGCCUCAGGUGGCCAGCCAGGUCUAUGGGCUCGCCACGACAAUGCAUGGCGCCACCGACAGAGCCUGGAACAUGCUUUCCCUGCGUCCGGGCCUCGUCAAAUGGUGGAAGCAAGGGCUCUUCGGGAUCAAGUGCAUCGGUGUCAAGCCAUCUCGCACCAGCACUUGCAAGGUCCAGCUGCAGUUCCACUGGAUGCCGCAGCAUGACCGCCUCCCAGACGACUUGCUCAUGGCAGAGCUCGGAGAUGUUGUCAAGGAAGUCUCACAACAUCCUGACGGAGAAGAAGUCCCCUCGGUGAGAAGGGCCUCCGGCCGUGAGCUUGAGAGUGGCUUAGUCGUCGAAGUCGAGAUGGAGAAGCGUCUGGUGGGAAAAUUCAAGUUGGCCAUCGAUAUACGAUGGGCUUGCAGCUUGAUUCUGGCCUUUUCCGGCCUCUCCAGGGCUUGGGAGCAAGAGGACUGCUUCGGCAAUUCGCGUGCUGAUGGUGAGAACACUCGGGUGUGUGGUGCGGGGGAACAGACUGAAGAGUCUGGAGAGGAAGAGACGGAGGAGGAAGAGACGGAGGAGGAAGACUCUGAGGAAGAGUCUGAGGAGGCAGAUUCUGGGGAGGCAGAUUCUGGAGAGGAAGACUCAGCGGAGGAAGACUCUGAAAAGGAAGGGUCUGAGGAAGAGGAAGAGUCUGAGGGAGAGGAAGAGUCUGAAGAGGAGAGGUCUGACCAGUCUGAGGAGCAGGAGACUGAUGAGUCUGAGGAGGAUGAGGAUGAGGAUGAAGACGAGACCAGCGUUACUUCUCCACCAGAAAAGGACUGGAAAGAAGAUGAUGAGAGUGACGGAGAAGAUUAUUGUAUGCCAUUCUCGAUGUUGAAGAGGUGGUAA